UUCCUCCCUCCCUCGAUCACACAUCCUACUUUCACUCUCCAGCUUGUUUCUUUCAGCUAAUCGGAUACCUGCAAUUUCAGUUUAAAAAAAAAAAGACAUUUUUAUUUCUCUUUCACUGUAAUUUUUUAACGCAUUCCACAAGAUUUAUAUUUUGAGGACGCGGGAAGCCACAAUGAAGUCAUCCACAGCACAGUUACUGCAAGUCUCCCGUAUGGUGGUACUGGGCCUUGUGACUCUUCAAAUCGUUACCGGAAACUAUAUCAUGGCUUCCGCAGCAGAAAUGGAAGCUACUGAUACUGGCACCGAAGUUGCUGCCUUGCUUCCUGCUGCUAGAGAGGGAAUGUACUCGGCAUCAAGGAAAUCCGGCCAUGAAAUGGGCAGUGAAGAGAACACGCUAGUCCGAAGGAGACGCAAUGCUAAUUUGAAGACCCAGCAAAAACCAGAGGAGUAUAGAAAUCCAAAUACCCCCAUUGUUGUGUUCCUCGUCUUCCUUCUUAUUUUUCUCAUAUUGGCCCUGGUGUACUUCUACAAGCGCCUUAACCGAGAAACGGACGGGCAGUACACCCUCACGAAGCUCGUCAACGAGGCCAGGGAGCAUGCGCAGAAUGCCGCAAGGCCCAUCGAGAGCAGGCUGAGGGGACUGCUGAGGAGGCGCACGGACGAAGACGAAGACGAAGAGCGAGGCAGGGAGGAGGACGACGAGAAGGAGAGCAGGGAGAGGGUGAGCCUGAAGGAUGCGGAUAACCUGUCAGAGGACGAGCAGCGAGAAGAAGCGGACUCUUCCGACGACUACUCCAGCAUGGAGGGAUUUCAGCCGCAGGAGGGAGAGCCUCUCCAGCGGGGGAGCGAGAAGGGAAAGAAAGGGAAAAGAGCCAGCCAGGAGAAGAAGGAGGAGAAAAAGACGGAGGUGGCAGAGGUGACGGAUGAGAAGAAAGAGGAGAAGCAGGCGGAGGGAGAGGGUGGACAGGCGGGAGCAGGGUUGCUGGCGGACCUGAAAGAGAUCUCUGGCAGCGCCAUCUGGGCAGCGGAGGGUAAAAAUGAGGGAGAUAAAGACAGCGGUGACGUGACUGAGCUGUAAAGGGGCAGAGCAUGGAGAGGGAGAGGGAGAGAGAGAGAGAGAGAUAGAGAGAGAGAAAAGAGGAAUAGAACGAGAGUGAAGAAAGAGCUAAGCGCGAUAGAAAGGGAGAUUCAAAAUUAAUGUGAGGUGGGUGAGGCUAAAUGGAGGAAAAUCAUUUAGAAAAGGGAGACAAGUAACACAGGGAAAAGGCCAAGUCUGGAAAUGGCUAAUAACAAAUUGUGUAGGAGCGAAAAAGGAAAACAUGGUGUAUCUUGUGCUUAAAUAGAUUUUCACAUAUUUCUAUACAGAUAAUUUGUACCCUAUAUGGUUCUUUUUAUUUUUGUAUGGUUCUUUUCUAUAAAGUUAUGUUUUGUAUAUUUUGUAGAAGAUUUAUAUUGGUAAUGACUAAAACUAUUUCCUUUUCUAGAUAGUAAACUAGCUUUAAAAAUAUUAAACAUGUAUGCCAAAAUGA